AUGACUCUAUUCGUUGGGAAUGCAAAUCAAGAGGUGCGGACUCAGCUUACCGUAUCAACGGCCGUGCCGCGGAACUCAGGAUACUCACCUAUCCGCUGCUUUGAGCACGUGGAACCCUCUUCCAUCAUCCGUGGCACGACUCUCGCAGCCAAGUCCCCCGCGUUCAAGGGGAGCGGAAUGAAGUUUGGCUCGGCGAAGAAGACGAAGCAGGCAGAGUUGUUGGACGCAGCGCUUGGGGGUGAGGUGUUGGCUACCACGGGCUUGGGGGUGGAGGAGAGGACAGAGCCGACAAAACCAACGCAGGCACUGAGUAAUCAGGUCCAUGCCAGGGUUAGCCCGAUCUCUGCAUUACUGUCCGUUAUCCGUCUCCUUUCCUCGACCAUUUUAUCCUAUGUUUCCUCGCAUUCUUCUCCCGGAAUCCUUCUCCUGCCAUGCUUCACCACCACCGCUUUUUCUUUUCCACCAACUCAAGGUGACAACAUGGAGUUUGUGGAGCCUAAGUGA